AUGACGGAGUCCUUAUUUGUGAACAUCUCCCCACCACGCAUUGGAAGAAAGAUGUCCACAUCUGCUAUAGGUUCCACUCUUAGAUCCUGCAUUGCCGAGGCCUAUAGGAGCCUCAACCUUAAACCCAAACUCAUUGUAACGUCAACUUUUGGAGUGGAACCUGGACGGAAAGUGGAAUAUGUACCACUUUUAGAAAAAGCAUUGCAGAUGAUAAAACACCAGCCUGAGAGAGUUCUGAUUUACAGCCGCCCUAACAUGGGAACUGUCCCUCUUACCCAAGGACGGGACAUUGACUGGCAAGAAGAAAUGGCAAACACAAAGUCAUGUGACUGCAUCCCUGUUCUUUCUGACCACCCACUUUAUAUUCUUUAUACAUCAGGAACAACUGGCACACCAAAGGGUGUUGUUAGACCAACAGGUGGCUAUGCAGUUAUGUUAAAUUGGACCAUGUCAGCUGUAUAUGGACUUCAACCAAAAGAGGUUUGGUGGGCAGCUUCUGAUCUAGGCUGGGUAGUUGGCCAUUCUUACAUUUGUUAUGGACCUCUGCUACAUGGGAAUACAACUGUUUUAUAUGAGGGGAAGCCUGUGGGAACUCCAGACGCUGGUGCUUAUUUCCGUGUGGUGGCAGAACAUGGAGUAGCUGCCCUUUUUACUGCACCGACUGCGAUUAGAGCCAUCCGUCAGCAGGACCCUGAGGCUACCUUGGGGAAGCAGCACAGUCUGACAAAGUUCCGAACACUGUUUGUAGCUGGUGAGCGAUGUGAUGUUGAUACAUUAGAAUGGUGCAAAAGAAUCUUCAGGGUGCCAGUUUUGGAUCACUGGUGGCAAACAGAAACAGGUUCUGCUAUAACUGCCUCCUGUGUUGGCUUGGGAAACUCUCUUACACCUCCACCAGGACAGACUGGAAGAUUGGUCCCAGGAUAUAAUGUGAUCAUUCUUGAUGACAACAAGCAACCAGUAAAAGCAAAUACGUUAGGAAAUAUUGUGGUGAAAUUGCCUUUGGCUCCUGGAGCCUUUCUGGGUCUUUGGAGAAAUGAAGCCCUAUACAAGGAGUUAUAUUUCCAAAAAUUUCCAGGAUACUAUGAUACUAUGGAUGCAGGUUACAUGGAUGAAGAUGGCUAUGUGUAUGUCAUGUCACGAGUGGAUGAUGUGAUCAAUGUUGCUGGUCAUAGAAUUUCAGCAGGUGCAAUUGAGGAGGCUGUCCUCUCUCAUAAGGCUGUGGCAGACUGUGCAGUUGUUGGUCAUGAGGAUUCCUUGAAGGGCCAUGUGCCAUUAGCAUUAUGUGUUCUAAGAAAUGAUGUGACUACUGAAGAAGAAACACUUAAGGAAGAAAUCGUUCAGAGAGUUAGAGAAAAUAUUGGUCCAGUGGCAGCAUUCCGGAAAGUGCUAUUUGUGAAACAGAUCCCAAAGACACGUUCUGGCAAGAUACCACGGUCGGCUCUUUUUUCCCUUGUGAAUGGCAAGGCAUACCAGAUAAGUCCAACCAUUGAGGACCCUGCUGCAUUUCAACAUGUGGAAGAUGCCCUGAAGACAAAGUUAAAGUGA